GAUCCUUCUGUCCCGGCGAUCCCAAAUUCCGAUGCCAUUCUUCAAUAUAUAAGGCAAAAUUCUCGAUUACCUGAUUCUCCGUCCGACUUCUUGUUCGUCUCCGAUGGCGGGUGCAUCACUAAUGGACACCCUCUUCCAGCGCAGUCUGGAGGACCUAAUCAAGGGCAUGAGGCAGCAACUGAUCGGAGAGCCAGCCUUCAUCUCCAAGGCAAUGGAGGAAAUCCGGCGAGAGAUCAAGUCCACGGACCUCUCCACCAAGUCCACCGCUCUCCUCAAGCUCUCCUACCUCAGCUCUCUCCACUUCCACGACAUGUCCUUCGCUGACUUCCACGCCCUCGAGGUCCUCUCUUCCCCUCGCUUUGCCCACAAGAUGAUCGCCUACCACGCCAUCUCUCUCUCUUUCCAUGAUGCCACCCCUGUACUCCUCCUAAUCACCAACCAUCUCCGUAAGGAUCUUACCAGCACCAACGAGUAUGAAGUGAGUUUAUCUCUACAAUGCUUGUCGAAAAUUGCUAAUGUCGAUCUUGCUAGGGAUUUGACUCCGGAGAUUUUUACUUUGUUGUCUACUAGUAAAGUUUGUGUCCGCAAGAAAGCCAUAGGUGUAGUUUUGAGAGUUUUUUGGAAGUACCCGGAUGCCGUUAGGGUGUGUUUCAAGCGUUUGGUGGAGAAUUUGGAGAAUUCUGAUCCCCAGAUGGUGUCCGCAGUUGUUGGGGUGUUUUGUGAACUUGCAUCCAAAGACCCAAGAUCUUACCUUCCUUUGGCACCUGAGUUUUAUAGGAUUUUGGUUGAUUCUAGGAACAACUGGGUUUUGAUUAAGGUGUUGAAGAUUUUUGCACGAUUGGCUCCAUUGGAACCCAGGUUGGCUGAAAAGGUAGUUGAGCCAAUUUGUGACCAUAUGAGGAGGACUGUAGCAAAAUCCUUGUUGUUUGAAUGUGUUAGGACUAUUGUCAAUAGCUUGAGUGAGUACGAGUCCGCUGUAAAGCUUGCAGUGGUGAAAAUUCAGGAGUUUUUGUUGGAUGAUGAUCCAAAUCUUAAGUAUCUUGGGCUGCGAGCUCUUUCUACUGUAGCAGAGAAGCACUUGUGGGCAGUUUUGGAGAAUAAGGAGAUUGUGAUUAAAUCAUUGAGUGAUGUGGAUCCUAAUAUUAAAGUUGAGUCAUUGCGUCUAGUGAUGAAAAUGGUGUCUGAGAGUAAUGUGGCUGAAAUUUCAAGGGUUUUGCUCAAUUAUGCCCUUAAAUCUGGUCCAGAGUUUUGCAAUAAGAUUCUUGCCUCCAUUUUAUCAACAUGCUCUAGAAAUGUGUAUGAGAUUAUUGUUGACUUUGAUUGGUAUGCAUCACUGCUUGGGGAAAUGUCACGAAUUCCACAUUGCCAGAAGGGAGAAGAAAUUGAAAAUCAGCUAAUUGAUAUUGGCAUGAGGGUCAAGGAUGUUAGGCCAAAACUUGCUCAUGUUUGUCGUGGUCUGCUGAUUGAUCCUGCUUUACUUGGUAACCAAUUCUUGCACAGAAUAUUAUCUGCUGCUGCUUGGGUGUCCGGGGAAUAUGUUGAGUUUUCAAGGAACCCAUUUGAACUUGUUGAAGCUCUAUUGCAACCUCGCACUAUUUUGUUGCUGCCUGCAAUUAGAGCAAUAUAUAUUCAAUCUGCCUUUAAGGUGUUAACAUUUUGUUUACAUACUUACCUUUUGCAAAACAAAGGUACCACUUUCUCCUCUUGGUCUGAUACUUUGCUGCCAGGAGUUUUGUCAUCUGAUUUUUAUGAAUCAUUGGCUGAUCUCUCAGUGGGAAAUGGUCCAAGUGUAACUGUUACUCCUGGACAUGUGUCUCCUUCUUCUCUAGAGAGAAAUGAUCUGUCAUACGAAUAUAUUGUAAACAUGUUGAAUCUGGUUGAAUUGGCCUUUGGCCCACUCUCUGGAAGUAAUGAUGUGGAAAUACAGGACAGAGCACAGAAUGUACUUGGUUUUAUUGAUUUAAUAAGGGAAAAGGUGCUUAACUCUUCAGUUCAGAAGGGCAAUGUUUCUGAAGGGAAAGAUGUGGAAGUAGCUGAUAUUGUUGAACUGAUGCAUCAUGCCUUUUCUGAGGAGCUUGGUCCUGUUUCAAUAAGUGCCCAGGAAAGAGUUCCUCUACCAGAUGGGUUGAUACUUAAGGAGAAUCUUGUUGACUUGGAAGCUAUCUGUGGUGAUAUAGGACUACCUUCGUCCAACUCCUUUCCUUUUGAAAGUACUAGUUAUAAGGAGGAAGUUGGUAAUUCUUUGUCUAACCUAGAGAUUAAAGAAGGCUUAGAACAAUUGAAUGAGUCCACAUCUCUUCUAGCAGAACAUCGUAAGCGUCAUGGGUUGUAUUAUCUUCCUUCAGACAAGAGUGAAACUAUUUCAAAUGAUUAUCCUCUUGCCAAUGAUCCCAUGUCCCAGGAUAAUGCCACUGAUGAUACCAAUGAUCUACUUAAACUUGCAGAACAGUCAUUUGUUCCAAGGAGAAAAUCAAGCCAUACCAAGCCUCGACCUGUGGUGGUCAAAUUGGAUAAUGGGGAUGAGAUACCUAUUGCAAGCAGGAAAUCAGAACCAAAAGAUGAUUCAUUAUCAGAUGCUGUGCGUGAUGUUCUUUUAGGUAGUGAAGCCAUAAUACGCACUUCAUCACAAAGUAACCUUUCUGAUAAGCCACCAAACAAGAGAAAAGGGAAGGAAAAACAACAUAGAGAUAUUCAUGAGGAAUUGAAAGAAAAUUUAGUUGAUGAUCGAAAUCCUAGUUCAAGGAGAAGCAGACACCGUAGGCAUGGAAAAGAGAGAAGACAAAGAAGUCCUAGGAAGAAGAAUGCUGAGGAAGGAGGAGAUAAUGGUCAGAAAGAGAAGCAGAAGAGCAGUCAUCCCCAUGGUAGGCACCGACAAAGGGCUGAUGAGCCCUCAAAUGUGGCUGGACAAACAUCAGAGGUUCCUGAUUUCCUUUUAUAGCCUAAAGUUUAGCUGCUGGAGAGAAUUUGGUUUAUGAUUUCUCUAUGUUCCUUGAGCACCAAGGAUGGGAUCUAUGAUCUUACAAUCAUAGCAAAGGUCGUACAAGUGCAUCGACGACCUACCUUAAUCCACGAAACACACGACAUGAUCAUGUUCGUUGAAGGUUCUCUUUAAAAUUUACGUAUUUUAUUUUGUUGAAGGGUUACUCCCUACGAAACAUUGUAGUGUUUAGUUGUGUUUGUGUAGCUUGUACGAAGGGGAACAAACACCCUGCUGGAGC